GCCGUCGUCGCCGCCGCCGCUGCUGCAAUUGCGGCCGGGAAACUGGGCGCUUGUCUCCGUCGCCCAUCGAGGGGAGCGGGCUCCGCUCGGCGCCGCCUUUUGCGACCUGGCCGUCAGCCCUACGUCGCCGGUCUGGAGAGGCGAAGAGAACGAGGGGGCCGAGGCUUCCUCCGGGGACAUUGGCUCUCUGGAUUAUCAGGAGCUUAUAGUUGACAUUGAGGCCAAGCUGAGGAUGGAAGGUGUGGAACUUAAGGAAGAAUGGCAAGAUGAAGAUUUUCCAAUACCUUUACCGGAAGAUGAUAGUAUUGAAGCAGAUAUACUAGCUGUAACUGGACCAGAGAGCCAACCUGACUCAUUAGAAGUUAAUGGAAAUAAAGUAAGAAAGAAACUGAUAGCCCCAGACAUUAGCCUGACACUGGAUCCUAGUAAUGGCUCUGUGUUGUCCGAUGAUUUGGAUGAGAGUGGGGAGAUUGACUUAGAUGGCUUAGAUACACCGUCAGAGAACAGCAAUGAGUUUGAAUGGGAAGAUGAUCUUCCAAAACCUAAAACUACUGAAGUAAUUAGGAAAGAUUCAAUUACCGAAUGCACAGCUACAGAGGAAAAAGAAGAUGGGCGGCGCUGGCGUUUGUUCCGGAUUGGAGAGCAGGACCACAGGGUUGACAUGAGAGCAAUUGAGCCCUAUAAAAAAGUCAUCAGUCAUGGCGGAUAUUAUGGGGAUGGAUUAAAUGCAAUUGUUGUAUUUGCUGUCUGUUUUAUGCCUGAAAGUAGCCAACCUAACUAUAGAUAUCUGAUGGACAAUCUUUUUAAAUAUGUUAUUGGCACUUUGGAGCUGUUAGUAGCAGAAAACUACAUGAUAGUUUACUUAAAUGGUGCAACAACUCGAAGAAAAAUGCCCAGUUUAGGGUGGCUCAGGAAAUGCUACCAGCAGAUUGACAGAAGGUUACGGAAAAACCUAAAAUCUCUAAUUAUUGUACAUCCCUCUUGGUUUAUCAGAACACUUCUGGCUGUUACAAGACCAUUUAUUAGCUCAAAAUUCAGCCAAAAAAUUAGAUACGUCUUUAAUUUGGCAGAACUAGCGGAACUUGUCCCCAUGGAAUAUGUUGGCAUCCCAGAAUGCAUAAAACAAGUUGAUCAAGCACUUAAUGGAAAACAAGAUGAACCAAAAAGUGAACAGUAAGUUUGACAUCUAGUCCAAACAAGACUGAAGAACGUGCCAAUGAAGCAGCGCUCUCGUUGUGCAUUAACAAUGCAUUUAUUGACCCUUAGUUUUAUGUAACCUGUUACAAAGUUGACUUGACUUUUCCUUAAUGGACUUUUGUACAAGAGACUGUUUACUGCUGUACUGGUUUGCAAAUCUCUUGAAUUUAGCUCUUUAAUAGCUAAUUAUAUUGUAAUCAUUUUAUAUUUUAUAUUGCAGUAUCAGAACCACACUUUAUAUAAAGCAGUUUUUGCAUUUGUUUAUUGAAUGAUGCAUCUUCUUCAGUGAAAUAUUUAUGUGCAUAAAUGGUAAAGGAAAGAGAUAAUAUAUAUUUUUAUGUUCUUGAGCAAUAUUUUUUAAUGUAUACCUGUGUUGUGGGAAAAGAUGCUGAUAAAUAAGACCAUGAUUUUGUAAAGUGCAUGUUAGAAAUUUUACUUUUGUAAAUAGUUAAAUACAUUUCCUUAUAACUUUGAAAAGUAAGUUGCUCCUGAGACACAGUUAAACUGGGUCUCAUGAAUGCCCAAAGAUCCUUUUUAUGUACACAAUCUAAGUAGAUUUUAAUAGUAUCCUCUUUUUUUUUUUUCCCCCAUUUAAUGUAUAUUGCUCCUUAAUUCAGAAGCUCAAAUACAAGUGCAUUGCACACCUUAUUCCUGUGUAAGACAAGUCAGAAAGCCAUCUUUGGAACUAGAGAAUGUAAGAGGUUUGGAAUUGGAGUGUACUUAAGUAUACGUGGAACAUAUUUUGUCUUCUGGCCAGCAGUCAGAACUUUAUACAAAUCUUAAUGUCUUUUCACUAAUGUGAAAUACGUCGUGUGUCCAGGCCGUCACUCCCCUGA